AUGGGAGCCGGACGACCUUCCUUUUCUGAACACGCCGAACACGGGAGUUCGUGCUUGUGGUUGCGGCGCAAGACGAAGGAAACCCUGAUUUCCAAGAUUAGUUUUGCCUCCGAAUUCGGAUUCGACAGCGACGUGAUCGCAAAGGUCGUGAGCGAUCAUCUUGAGAAGAAAGGACAAGUGUUCUCGUUGACAAACGAAGUUCUGGUCUCGAGCAUAAUCGACUUCGAUGAAAAAGGGACCGACAGGAAAAAGGACUGGGUCAAAGAUCCGUCGAAACAAGAGAGCUUGGUGUCUCUGAUCGCCGAACUUCGCUUGGAAGAAGAUGCCGAAGACGAACGCCCGGAACGAAAAGAAGAGGAUGAAGGAGUUCGUGCGCCCGUCGAAAGCUAUACGAAAAAGGUACGCGUCGGCGACGACGACGACGACAAGAAAUCUCGCGGAGAUCUAUUAAGGGAACUUACCGAUCUCAAGGACGAGAUGUCGUGCAAGGUGUGCAUGGAUCGCGAUUCGAACGUCCUCCUGACUCCGUGCAACCAUCUCGUCUGCUGCGACUCGUGUUCCGUCAGGUUAGCGUCGUGUCCGAUCUGUCGUACAAAAGUCGGUGAAGUCGUCAAAGUUUACCACAGUUAG